AUGUCGGCUGAUUCGCACACCAACCACUACACUGUGCUGGGCGUGGCCCGUAAUGCGACCCUCCAGGACAUUCGCUCUGCUUACAAGAAGCUAGCACUCAAGCUUCAUCCCGACAAAGCUGGCGAUGGUAAAGAAAGUACUGCGAAAUUCCGCAAGGUUGCAGAAGCAGUGGAAAUUCUCUCGAACUCAGGACUCCGCCGCAAGCAUGAUGAAUUACUCGAUAGAUCGGCGCUUACUGGUCUAGGCCUUGAGAACUUCUGGGAUAACUUUGGAAUCGGACCUAGCUAUGCAAGGCCUGCUGCUACAGAUGAUGGGUAUUGGACAGGCCCCUGGGAAGCCAAUAACUGGGGUUCGAGGUCUUGUGAGGCACCUUAUACCAGGUCUUGGGAGACCCCUUACGAUAAACCCCUUCGGCGGCCGCCACAUACCCAGCCUCGCCCCGUUCAGUCCCGCGAGCCAUCGCCUCUGAAGAAACAUGAUAUUUGGGAGGCAUAUUUGUACGGCUCUAGGCUAAAUGGAAUGGAAUAUGGCCCCGACACCACGGAUGCCUUCCCUGCUUACAAUGAAUUGCAGCAAGAACUUUUCUUGAAGCAGAAAAUUGGGGGAAUCUACAGUGAAGAGCGAGACAAAGGAGCUGCAAAGGCUGCAAAUUCGAGCCAGCGUAGAGCCCCGAGGCAGAGUGCCACCAGUUCCCAUUCGCAUGAAGGCAUCUCUGAUGUCUAUAUUGAGGUCUUGGAAAGAAGAAUCAAGACACGUAUGGAGGCACUGAAAGCACUGAUGCAGGCGCAUGAAGAAGAGUUGAAACAUGAAAUCUUCUUCGAAAAUCAUCUCCCAACCAGAUAUGAGGGCUUUGGCAACAUUCCAGCGGUCCCCGACAAUGACAAGAGAAGUGUGAACCCAACCCACACGGCUUGUUUCCCAGGAGCCGAGCACGAGCAUCAUGGACACGCUCCCGAUGAUGGUUCUUCGAUUGAUAGUUCAGCUCCUAAGACAGGAGACGGCAUGCCCAACGAGGAUCUUACUCUCGUCGUCCUUCUGUUCCUUCACAGGGCGACGGCUUCGCGGAUGAAAGAACCAAUUCACCUAACAACAAGGGGAAUUAUCCGUCUGAUGAGACAGUGA